AUGACUACAAUCACAUCUAAAAUGAAGGAGGAGGUUCAAUCCUCUGCCUUGUCUGUUCGGUCCGAGAGCACUCUCUGCACACUGUCCGACACCAACUUCCAACCCUCCCGCAUCUUAACCGUAAAUGCACGCGGCAUCGGCGCCUUUCGUCUUCCAAUACCAUCACGACAAACCGAGAUCUUCAUAUACAAUUCCGACGCCACAGAGGCGUAUAUUUCCACCCGCGACAAAGUCUGCUCGGGCAAUGCGGUCCUGUCCCACCCUAAACGCGGAAAUCUCAUUCGGACCGAGUACUUCUUCGGACCGAACCGAGAUCCCGUCCUACAGUUGCUGCAAGCCGAGUCCGCGGAUGUGACAGUUUCAGGAAAAUGGACAUCACGGACUAUGCAGUUUACCAUGCCGGGAGGUGAACGGUUUGAAUGGGAAUAUGCGAAAGAGAAGAGAGCAGACGGACAGAAAGUGAGGCUGAUUGUUUUCCGCGCCGUCGAAGCGGAAAAGACACAGAGGAUCGCGCAGCUGGUCCGCGGGGCCGAUUCUCGUACUCCGGGGACGUCGAAGUGUUCCGCUGGGAAUGGUGGAGAGUUGCAGAUUGACGAGGCGGCGUUACAGUAUCAUGAGUUAGACGAAGCAGUCAUCGUUGCGACAUGUCUGGUCAUGUUGAAGCGGGAGAUGGACCGUCGGAGGAUGUUACAAUUCGCAAUGAUUGCAGGAGCAGCUGGCAGCUGA